ACUGGGACACAUACUUCAGUCUCCACAGAGAUCGGCUGCCUUCCUCGGCAAGGCCAUGGCGUCUUCCAUCAGCAACUCCUCUACCUUCCGCUCGGAGCAUUUCAGCACCUACAGCUCUGGGAAGCCCUGCUUCGAACCCCUGCUUGACCCACCCCAUGGGAUCUUCGGUGCCGGGAGGGCCAGGGAGUCCUAUGGAUACUCAGGUCCUCCCUCCUCGACACAUCCCUCUUCUCUGGGCAGCAGCAAUGUCAUUACCAGUGGGGACAAAUACCAGGUCAUGGCUGAUGUCAGCCAGUUUGAGCCUCAUGACAUUGUGGUGACCAGCUUCAACUACUGUAUUGUCAUCCAAGCAGAGAAGGUUGCAGAAGAUGGCACUGUUUCCAACACCUUCACCCACAAGUGCCAACUCCCACCCGAUAUGGAUCCGCUGUCCAUCAGUUGCUGCCUGAACGAUUCAGGCAAGUUGGUCAUCUCUGCCAAGAGGUUGAUGUCAAUGCCCUCACCGCUCUAUCGCACUGAGGUCAAGCUUUAAGAUGCCCCUCUUUACCGUGGGCCUUGAUUCCAUAUCACUGUUUACAUUGUGUAACUUUACACAUGCAUUACUACAAAGCAUGGAUGCUGGGGAAACUAUUCAGUGAAUUGAGAUGUAUAUCAGGACACUGGCAACGGUACCGAUGCGCAUUGGCCUCUAUCAAUGGGCAUUGGAUUCCCUAAUUGGUGUCCUGAUGUGCAUUGGACUCUAUCAAUGAGCACUGGCACUCCUGAACCAGUUUGUCAAUACAAAUCAGCCACAAUGUUCACUUUGCUAUCUUCCCUACACAGCAGCUCCUUGCCGAAUGCAGAAAUUCUGGGACUACACAGUUCUGUUUCUUGCAGAUGUAAGUCUACUGAUAUGGACUUACGCUCCAUACUGAUAUCCAGCCAAAAUUGCAUCUCUUGACUCAGCCUUUCCGUGCCAACCUGAUAGGAGUGUCAUUCACCUAUGCUCUGAUUGUGGCCAAAGGGCUUUCUGCUCAUGAUCAAUAAAAUAGGUAUGGGGUGGAGUUAAAAUUGCAGCUAUAGUGUUAUAAUCAUGGCUAUAGAGUCACUGUCAUAUCUAAGAAGGUAUUGUGAAUACAAAAUAGUCACCUAGAUUUAUCCAUCCAUAACUAUUUCACACUCGGGAUCACUACUUUGUCAUGAUCGUGACACUAUUGCUGCAAUCAUAGCUCUCCCACAAUUUACUUUACUGGGAUCAGCUGCAUAGGAAAAGUGAAGUUCAUUCUGUCGACAGUCGGAAUAUGGGAAAAAGACAUUUCUAUCAUGUUGGUGGAUCAAGCCAAGCAAGGCUACUUAGUUAACUAUACUUAAUUAUACAGUAGAGUCUCACUUAUCCAACACUCGCUUAUCCAACGUUCUGGAUUAUCCAACGCAUUUUUGUAAUCAAUGUUUUCAAUACAUCAUGAUAUUUUGGUGCUAAAUUCAUAAAUACAGUAAUUACUGCAUAGCAUUACUGUGUAUUGAACUACUUUUUCUGUCAAAUUUGUUGUAUAACAUGAUGUUUUGGUGCUUAAUUUGUAAAAUCAUAACCUAAUUUGAUGUUCAAUAGGCUUUUCCUUAAUCUCUCCUUAUUAUCCAACAUAUUCGCUUAUCCAACGUUCUGCCGGCCCGUUUACGUUGGAUAAGUGAGACUCUACUGUAUAUACAAUACAACCCGCAUACCAGUGGGAAAAGUACCUGUGUUUCACCUACCUGCAUCUGAUAAUAUAUAUAUUUUCUAGGGAUUUUCUAAGAUUCAGGGAGGUGUAACUCAUAAAAAAGUCACUUCUUCCCCACUGUGUCUAAAACUUCCACAACAAUUUUCUUGUUUGAAAUUAAAUGAUAUCUUGUGUCACAAUGCAAGGAAUUAUCAUGAAACUUUUCACUGUCUUGCACUUUUCUAUCACUUAUUUACAAGUUUUCAUCACUAUUUUAUUAUGUUUGGUUUUUUAUGGUGGAAAUUUUUGUUGAAAUAAUAAUGUUGUUGCUAUAAUAAUGUGAACUUAUUUUUAACAGUUUUAUCACAAGGUUUUGUUGCAAUUUUUGUUUUUUAAAGCAGGAAACAAGGUAAUAUUUAUUUCUUAUGUGACAAUGUAAUAUUGGAAACUACUUUGGGAUUUUUGAAGAAAUGUAUUUAAUAAAUACUAUAUUUCAACACA